AUGCAUUCUCGUGCUCGCGUGCUUGAAUCGACUGCUAACACCACCAAGCCAGGCACCGGCUCGAACGUCGACCCCGCGGCGGGGGACGGGAUAAAUUUCAAUAUUACAGACCAGCCGGAAUUGCAGCCCAUCGGCGUGAGGGAGGAUGUCACCGCCGGCGCGGCCCCGAAACCUACGGCAAACGGGUUCACGCCAAGCCUAGCAAAGUACCCCAACCACGAAGGCCUGGGUGUUGAUGAGAAGGGAGCCAGCAUCCCCCUCCCGAGGUUGGAACUGGUGAACCGUUUCAUCGACGACGUCCGACCCCUGCGCGUGGUUGUCAUAGGCGGCGGACUCACAGGUGUUCUGGCCGGAGUACUUCUCCCGGUCAAGGUGCCCAAGAUAGAGCUUACAAUUUUCGAGAAGAACCAUGACUUUUCCACGUUCGAGCCCAACGUGAACUGGUCGGACCAAUUCUCGCCGGGCCAAGAAAUCAAGGAGUAUUGGCAAGGGGUCGCCAAGAAGUAUGAUGUAUACAAGUACGCGAAAUUCGGUCGCAGAGUCGACGGGUUGACAUGGUCAGCCGACAAGAGCACGUGGACGGUGUCGACGAGGGCGGCGGCGGACGGCGGCAGCCCCUCGCUGCACGAGGCGGACUUUGUCAUCACGGCGACGGGCCGCUUCAACGCCUUCCAGCUGCCCGACUACCCGGGCAUCAAGGAUUAUAAGGGCGUCCUGCGGCACACGUCCAACUGGGACCCGGAGUUCGACCCCACGGGCAAGAAGGUGGCCGUGAUCGGCAACGGCGCGAGCGGGAUCCAGGUCGUGCCCAACCUGCAGCCCAUCGUCGAGAGGCUGGACCACUACGCCCGCGGACGUACGUGGAUCGCCACGUCCUGGGCCGGCGACAUCAGGACAUUCGGACGCCAGCUCAUCCCGGAGGAGACCAAGAAGUCGUUCGAGGACCCGGACGUGUACCUCAGGUACAGGAAGGAGCUGGAGAGCCGGUACUGGCGGCGCUUCGAGUCCUUCAUACGCGGCAGCGAGAGCAACGUCGAGAUGCGCGAGAAGUUCAUCGACGCCAUGCGCACGCGGCUGGCCAAGAAGCCGGAGCUGCUCGAGCACAUGGUGCCCGACUUCUCACCCAACUGCCGCCGCCUCACCCCCGGCCCGGGAUACCUGGAGGCCAUCACGGAGGACAACGUCGACUUCAUCACCACCGGCAUCAAGCGCUUCACCGAGACCGGCAUCGAGACCGUGGACGGCAAGCACCGCGAGGUCGACGCCAUCUUCUGCGCCACGGGCGCCAACCGGGACAUGGCACCGCAGUUCCCCAUCGUCGGCCGCGACGGCCAGACCCUGAGCGACACCUGGGACCCGGACGGCCAGUACGGGUUCCCCUACAGCUACAUGGGCAUCGCCACCCCGGGCUUCCCCAACCUGCUCUUCCUCCAGGGCCCUCACGGCAGCGGCCCCUCGGGCACGGUCCCGCACAGCGCCGAGACCCAGAUCACCCAGCUGGCCAAGAUCCUGCGCAAGGUGUCGGCCGAGGGCAUAAAGUCGCUCGAGCCGACCGUCAAGGCCACGCGCGACUUCGUCCAGUACUCGGACGCCUUCUUCGCCCGCACCGUCCUCUCCGACAACUGCCGAUCGUGGUACAACGGUGGCAGGUCUGGGGCGCGCAUCCACGGCCUCUGGCCCGGUAGCGCGGCGCACAUCACCACAGUGCGACGCUCGCCGCGGUGGGAGGACUGGAGCUACGAAUACCUGGAUGAGUCGGGCAACAGCCUGCUGUGGUAUCUUGGUAACGGGAGAUCCCACUACGAUGCGGACCCGGAGUCGGACGUCACCACAUAUCUGACCAGGCCCGAUGAGGUCAAUCUCCAAGACUUGCACGAGCGUUGGUGGCGUUUGCCGUGA